AUGGAGAAAGCAAUGCAGGUAUUUGAGGCCAAAGAAGAGUACUUCAUCCACAAUGUAGCAAUCUUACUAGAGAAGCAAAUCUCCUGCAACCAAGGUAGAGAUAUAGAGACAAUUGGGGUUUUCUUUGCCAAGGCAAAUAACUAUGAUCCUGAUCUAAUACUUGGUGCUGAAAUUGGAACUGUCUACAAAGGAAAACUAGAUGAUUGGCAAGUUGCUAUUAAAGUUAAAGGCCUUCUUAGACUUUGGUCUUUUGAGAAGACAAUAGAUUUCUUCUUAAAUCAAGUUGCAAUAAAACAAUUGAUCAGUAACAAGAAUGUUUUCAGAAUCUAUGGUUGCUGCCUGGAAACUGAAAUUCCCAUCCUGGUUUUUGAGCUCAUCUCCAACAACACUCUUUUUGAUAAUCUCCAUGGUAAAGGCAAAUGGGUUCCUCGCCUGAUCUCAUGGCUUGACCGUGUGAGAAUUGCCAUGGUGACAUCCUAUGCUAUUUGUUACAUGCAUUGUGGCAGGUCAAGACCAAUAGUACAUUUGGAUAAAUCUUUCACUGCCAAACUAUCUAAUUUUGGUUUUGCGGUUUCAAUUGCACCAGGAGAAAGACUUUUUUCAAGGUAA